UUCGAAUUGUUUCCUUACCCAACAUAUCGUCUACUGGUGCACUUUGUGUGCAGGGCACCUAAGAAAGGAUGCACUCACCUUUUUUUCCUUUUUCUUUUCAGAAAACACUCACUUUACAUCUGAACAAAUUUAGUCAGUGAGGCUCCUUUUUAUCACACUCUCGACUGUAUAUUUUUUAAUUUCAGCUAAUUUGAACCUUACCAAAAAGAAAAAGAAAAAGAAAAAAAAAAAAAGAAGAAGCUAAUUUGAAUAACAUAUUAAACAAAACCUCACACUGAGUCUGAGUCAACUCAAAUUAAACCUCGCAAAAUCCCCAAACUCACCAAAAAAAAAAAAAAUGGAACCCACGCCAAUAACCAUUGUCAAUCACGGGCUUGACUCUCAAACCCAUGAUCUCUACGAUGUCCAGGUCGGCCCGAUCACCGUCCGAACCCUAGUCACCAUCUCCGCUUCCAUGGUUGACUCCUGGAUCGAGGACAUCAAGCGUAUCAACAAUCAGAGCCUCGGCCAUCUCAUCGUUGGCCUCGACGUCGAGUGGCGACCUUCCUUCAACCGCUACAUCGAGAACCCCGUCGCCAUAAUACAGCUCUGCGUUGGUCCACGCUGCCUUAUCUUUCAGCUCCUUCACGCCGAUUCUGUUCCGAGUUCUCUGGCCGAGUUCCUCGGAAACGCCGAUUACAGCUUCGUCGGAGUCGGGGUUGGAGCCGAUGUAGAGAAGCUACUCGUGGACUACCAAUUAUCUGUACGAAAGCCGGUUGAAUUAGGAAAUCUAGCGGCGAAUAAGUACGGGGAUCGAAGUCUGAAGAAUGCGGGGCUGAAAAGGUUAGCUAGUUUUGUGUUGGGAAUGCAGAUCGAGAAGCCGAAGAGGAUCACCAUGAGUAGGUGGGAUAAUCCUUAUCUGAAUUCUUCUCAAGUUCAGUACGCAUGCGUUGAUGCUUACCUUUCGUUUGAAAUUGGUAAAGUGUUAAUGACUGAAGCUGAGACUCAGGUUCCGGUUGCGGGUCAGGUUCGGGCUCGGGCUUAGUAUUUCGUUUAUGGGUUUUGCUUUUAGUUUUAGUGAUUGAUGAAGAUAGUUCUUUUAGUUUAUUGGAAUGUGUUUUGCUUUUAAGUUAUUAACAUGUACAUUUAACAAUCUGCAACCUUUGUUAAAAACUCCUCAAUAAUUACAGGUCUGCGCUUGAAUUUAA